AUGGCGGCGACAAUGCACGCCAAAAUCAACCGGAGGAAGCUCGAUAAGCUCGAUAUCAUCAAGAUCUGCGAGGAGAUUUUGAAUCCUUCAGUUCCCAUGGCUCUCAGACUCUCCGGCAUUCUCAUGGGUGGAGUCGUCAUCGUGUACGAACGAAAAGUUAAACUACUCUACGAUGACGUGACUCGUCUUCUGGUCGAAAUAAACGAAGCAUGGAAGGCGAAAUCUGUUGCCGACCCAACUGUCCUCCCCAAAGGGAAAUCUCAAGCCAGGAAAGAAGCUGUAACUCUGCCUGAGAAUGAAGACAUAGAUAUUGAAGGAAUGCUUAAUUUUUCCAACGGGGCCACCACCAUGUUCCAGCAAACCUCCUAUUUUGCUAUGCGACUUGAUAGUGUGGACGAACAGUAUGUUAACAAUGAUGCAGGGGAGGAAGAUCCACCUCAGCAGUUCCAUCAAGCUGCGGCCGAGAAUAUCACCUUACCUGAACGUUUUGACUCAUGUCAGGCUGAUGCAUAUUUGCACAGUCGCUUGGAGAGAUUUGACAUUGAAGGGGACGAGGAGACACAGUUGAACUUCACGUCAGGAGAGCACACACAGAUUCACAUUCCUCCUUCGCCUCCUCGAGAUGAACAUCAAAAAGCUGAUACAAUCCAAGAUGAUCAACAUCCAGAACAACAGGUCAAUAAGCCAGAGGAAUGCCAGGAAUUUAGACAGGUUCAAGAGAGACAGGGGCCUAUAAGAAGGAAAACAAGAAGAACGCAAGCCUCUGCAAUGGAUUUUGAACAAACAAUCAUUCCUGGUCAUUUAUACCAAUCUUGGCUUCAAAAUUAUUCAGACAUAGUUUCGAGAAGAGGAAGAAAACGAAAGCGGACAGAUGUAAUGGCAACUAUGAAGAUAGUUAACCUCAUGGAGCUGCCACCUAUUGUACUAAUUGGUGAUUUAUUUACAACUGGAAGUAGAGACAUAUAUUAUCCACGUCCUCUCCUCGACCUGUGGAUGAAAAGUACCCGAACUCCCCGUGCCUCCCCUUCUGAACGGACCACUCCACCCCUGCCCCCAGAACCAUCGUCAUCAACACUGCCUGGAAGACAACAAUAUGAAGAUCCACCUUUUGAAGAUUUUCAUAGUGGAGUUGGCUCCCAGUCCUUAGAGCCUUCCAUAGAUAAGCAAAGACGACAUUCUGGUAUGACAAGAGGCAACAGUGACCCAGCACAGGUAGUCCUGGAAGGACUGACAGCCAAUCUUGAGAACAAUGGUUUAGGGGGAACUGAUGCUAACCCAAUGGCAACCCCUGGAAAUUCUGAUGAGGUAAGAUCCAUCCCAAGCUCGGCAUCUGGGCAGGCAAUUCCUUCAGAAGCCAAUUCAGGAAGAUCCAACCGGAAAAGGCCUUAUUCUGCAUCUGGACAUAGCAGUGUUAGACUUGAACCUGUAUUUGAGGUGAAUCACCCUGAUGUAAAUUUCGAAUUGUCAAGGUUACAUGAACAUGGCCCGACAUCAGAGCCAGAUUUCUUUGUGGAAACUGGACCAACACAAACCCAAAAACCAAUCAACGAUCAGCCUCUUGACAAAACAACUGAUUCUAUUAGAAGGUUAUUGAAAUCACAUUUUGACACAGCGGGAGCCCCUCAAGUAGAAUCCCUGGACCACCUAACUGCUGGAAGGACUCGGAAAGAAGCAGCUAUCUUCUUUUAUAAGACUUGUGUUCUUGCUACCCACGAUGCCAUAAAAGUUGAUCAAAAGGUCGCUUAUGGAGAAAUUCUUAUAUCUAGAGGACCAAAAAUGGGAUAA